AUGAGACUAUCGUCGCUCAUUCUCCCUCUCAUCGGCCUGGGUACCACCGCCAGCGCCGCAUAUGACAAUCCUCUAGUGAAUCUCGACUACGGAGCCUUCCAGGGCCAAUAUGAUAGCACAUACAACCUCUCAUAUUUCCGCAAAAUCCCAUUUGCUUCACCACCAGUAGGCGAGAACCGUUUCCGCGCGCCUCAACCUCCACAGAAGAUCAUCGGAGGCAGCUAUGACACAAACCAAGACUUCGACAUGUGCCCCCAGCGCACAGUCAACGGAAGCGAAGACUGUCUGUAUCUAGGCCUCUUCUCACGGCCAUGGGAUCUAUCCAAGAAAACAAAAAGACCAGUACUGGUCGUAUUCUACGGUGGAGCCUUCAUCCAAGGCAGCGCCGCUUUCACCAUGCCACCGUCCUCAUUCCCAAUUCUCAACGUGAGCAAUCUCAAUGACUACGUCGUGAUUUAUUCAAACUAUCGCGUCAAUGCCUUUGGCUUCUUACCCGGAAAAGCAAUCAAGGAAUCAUCGACUUCAGAUCUAAACCCGGGCCUACUGGACCAACAAUACGUCCUGAAAUGGGUGCAAAGCCACAUCCACAAUUUCGGCGGCGAUCCCAAGAAUGUAACAAUCUGGGGCCAGUCAGCUGGUGCAGGUUCGGUCGUUGCCCAAGUCCUCGCAAAUGGACGAAACGGCCAGCCGAAGCUUUUCUCCAAAGCCCUUGCUAGCUCACCCUUCUGGCCGAAGACUUAUGCCUACAAUGCACCGCAAGCAGAGGAAAUUUACACCCAAUUCGUCAAUCUGACAGGCUGUGCCGGCUUCAAAAAUGACCAUGAAACAAUCUCCUGCCUCAAAUCCGUAGACGUGCAAAAAAUCCGCGACGCAAACCUCGUCAUUGCCGCAAGCCACACUUGGACAACCAGCUCCUACACCUGGGCCCCAGUGAUAGACGGGACCUUCCUCACCGAGACGCUUACAGAAGCUGUCAAUAGCGACUCCCUGAACACGGAGUUCGUCUGGGGUAUGUACAACAGCCACGAGGGACAGAACUUCGUACCACCAGGUCUUGACAGUGCAGUCUCAGUGAAUGGAUUCAAUUCCUCAAUUGAAAGUUUCCAAAGCUGGCUUAAUGGAUUUGUACCUGGGUUAUCGGCGAAACAGAUCAAACAAGUCGAGUCUGUUUAUUACCCAGCUGUUGGGAGUACGGAGACUAUUACGCGUUAUAAUACUUCCCUUGUUAGGGCUGGGUUGGUUUAUCGGGAUGUUGUGCUGGCUUGUCCGGCUUAUUGGAUUGCUUCGGCUGCUAGCAGAAAUGGGUAUCUUGGGGAGUAUACUAUUUCGCCGGCGACGCAUGGGAGUGAUACUAUCUAUUGGAAUCGUAUCAAUGCUGUUCAGCAGACAAACCCCGUCGUGUAUGAAGGCUAUGCUGGGGCUUUCGCGAGUUUCUUCCAGACUGGUGAUCCGAAUGCCCACAAGGUGACGAACGCUUCGCAGCCUGGCGUACCGGAGCUACAGAGCACCAAAAAGGAAUUUGUUAUUGUGGAUGAUGGUGUUGAGAAUGUAAAGCUGGAUCAAUUGAAGAAGAGAUGUGACUUCUGGCGAAAGCUGGCGAAGGAGGUACCUGUGUGA